UUGAAUUAACUUGGAGACAAUAGAUGAACUUUUACGUCACAGUGUCAUUUCGGUGAAGAAAAUGGCAGACGACAUAAGACUUUACGAAUCUGGAUCUUCCCAAACUAUUCAAAGUUUGAAAAAUAAUUCUUAUAUGACAGACAUUGAUGAUGUUAUAAUUGACCAGAUUAAUUUUGAUGCAGAAAAGGAUAAUUUUAUAAGGCCGAUAAAUACAUUUACAAUGACAGAGAUCAUAGUUGAAGAAGUUGAUGAAGGACAGCCAUGUUUAGCAUGUGUAGAAAGGUGUUCGGGAUUUUCACGACACAAAUGGAGGAACACCUGUCAAAAUUGCAAGUGCCCAAGGGAAUUACAUGACAUAUACAACUUAAAUUUUGUCAAUGUGCGAGAUCGACUAGGAUGGAAGCGAAUUGAUGAUCCACUCAAUUGUGCCACAAAGGAAGAUACUGUAUCGUUAGGUUAUACGUGGGUACCACCAGCCCUGAGUCCUGAACAGGUAGAAGAUUACAUGGAUCAACUCCCUAAUCAUAAAAUUCCAAGAAUUGGUUCAGCUGGUGAACGAUACAGAGAUCUACAAUUAAUACGACAACUGCCAAAACAAGACUUAGCUCAUGUUCACUGUAGAAUGAUCCAUAACGACAUAGAAAUAAAGGAAUAUAAUAUCUUUCGAGAACUACGUGACAGUAUAGCUUUAGAUAUUGGAUUUGUUAAAGAAUCAGAACACGAAACGAGUUGUUAUCACUGCCAUGGAGAAAUACAAGGAGAGGAUUUAGUUGUCUUUGCUCCCAAGUUUGGUAAAGAUGUAUGUUGGCAUCCUGCUUGUUUUGUAUGCACCACCUGUGAAGAACUCUUGGUGGAUUUAGUGUAUGGAUGUCAUGCCAAACAACUUCUUUGUGAAAGACAUUAUGCAGAAAAAAUACGUCCAAGAUGUCCUGCCUGCGAUGAGCUUAUAUUUUCGGGGGAAUACACUAAAGCCAUGGACCAGAAUUUCCACAAAGAUCAUCUUGCCUGCCACCAUUGUGACAAGAAACUGGUUGCCUGCCGAUACAUAUUGAAGGAAGAACAACCCUACUGUAUUCCCUGUUACCAGGAACAGUUUGCACAUAACUGUGAAGAGUGCAAAAAAGCUAUUGGUCCAGAUUACAAGGAUUUGUCCUACAAAGACCGCCAUUGGCAUGAAUUCUGUUUCAAAUGCUGUGAGUGUGGAAAGUCCUUGGUAGACCAAGCUUUUGCACCUAAGAAUGAUCAGAUUUACUGUUCCGACUGCCAUGAUAAUAAAUUUGCUGCUAGAUGUGAUGGAUGUGGGGAGCCUUUCAGGGGAGGGGAUGAAAAAUUAGGAACAGAAGGAAUGAAGAAGUUUGAAUACAAGGGAAAACAAUGGCAUGAAGACUGUUUCUGUUGUAUGCUCUGUAAAGACCCGAUUAGAAACAAGAGUUUUAUCCCACGUGAUAAUGAAGUAGUGUGUGUGCCAUGUUAUGAAGAUCAGUUUGCACAGAAGUGUUCUAAAUGUAGUGGAGUGAUUAACAAGGGAGGUGUGGCUUACAAGAACAUGCCAUGGCAUAGAGAAUGUUUUGUAUGUACUAAUUGUAAUAAAGAGCUAGCUAAAGAAAAGUUUACAUCAAGGGAAGAUAAACCAUACUGUGCUGAAUGCUAUGGACAACUAUUUGCUAAGAAAUGUUGUCGAUGUGAACAACCUAUUUCAGGUUUCGGAGGAACUAAAUUCAUAUCAUUUGAAGAUCGCCAUUGGCACAGUGAUUGUUUCGUCUGCCAUAAGUGUAAGAAUUCAAUGGUAGGGAAAGGAUUCCUAUUGAAUGAGGGACAUGUGGUCUGUCCUGACUGUGGUAGACAGUAAAACAUGCUAAAUAUAGAUUUAAUCAAUUGGAAAAGUUUGCAAAUUUAGAUUGGAUGCUUCUGGUAUCUUCCUAGGCUCAGUCUUCAUGGUUAACCACAAGUCUUAUGGCAUUUGCUUGUAAAAUUGCUUUUAAGUUUGUAAAAUUCUUCUAUACAAGCCAACAGAAUCCAGCUAGAAUUUUCAAAAAAAUUAGCUAGCUUGUAGGCUCAAAAGUUAAGCAUGAAGGCUGGCUUAGGCUUACAAGAAAUAUUUCUUAAUUUUUUUGUCCUGCCAAAAUUAAAGUCAUGUAUGCGCAAAUGAGAAUGCAUGUAAAAAAUAGAUCUGAAAAGAUUUUUUUUUUUAAUGCAGACUCAUUUUUGUGUGCCAACAAAACAGAAAAGUAUUAGCUAUUCCCUAAAUUUCAAUUUAGUAUAAUAAGAUACAUAUGUUUACAAAGGGAGAUAAUACAUUUACUUUGGCAAAUUUUGUUCAUCUUUACGCAAAAUUUGAAAGUGAAUAGCCAAAGAUCUGAUUAUUUCUUUUAGUCUGCCUUUAAUCCCUCGAAAUGGAUAAUUUCCAUUUUCAUUUUGCUUGAUAAAAGAAUAUGUAAUCUCAUUUGGAAUUUCUUCUAAUGAAAGAUCUGCACUUCGUUAUUUAUUGUUUUAAUGUUAAAUUUAUUUAUAUUCUAAAUGAGAAGAUAUACACAUUAAAAGUACCCUGUCAACAGUUUUGGGGGUAAUGUAACCUUAAAUUAUAUGCAUAAGGCAGAAUGUAAGGUUUGAUCAAUUAUAAUUUGACUCUCAACUAUUUAAGAUUCCCAGAAGCAUCUUUCUGUAGGAUUUUAAAGCUUUGAUUGGAGUUGUUUGUGUAUAUAAAGAUUGUUAUAUUUUUUGUUACUUAUUUUAAUUAGUUUAAGAAUUAGAAAAUUGUUUUCAAAAAGGACACAGUUUCAAGAUCUUAUUAAAUCUUUAUCUUAUUUUAAGAUAAAAAAUAUAAAUAAAUACAUGUAUAUUUAUUAAGAUUGUAAGGCAUUUCUAUGCCGACUGUUUUUAUAAUGAAAUGUAAAUCUAUAAAAAUUCCCAAAUUUAGUACAAGUUUCGUAUUAAGAAGUGAUUGUUUUGUAAGGAAGCAUUUGUGAAUUCAGAUGUUCUGUUGUUUGUUUUGUGACAGGUAGUUUGAAAAUGCCUUCUUGCCUCAUUAAAAUAAUCAAAAUAUGCUUAAGAAGCUUUUAUUAUUUUGUAUGGCAUUACCUAUAUAGCAAGAAGAUUUCAUAUUUUCCACAUAUAAGUUUUGAUUUGUGUCCUUGAAAACAAAGUUAUUAGUACAAUGUAGUAUUAGAUGAUUAUCAUCUUCCACAUGUUUCUGUCUUCCAAGACAAAGCCAUUCACAUUUUAAAGAGGAAACUUUAUUUCCUUCUUGUUUUGUCUUCACAAAGAUUUAAGUUUAAAAUGCCUGAUUUUUUAUUUUUUUUUCUUCCUAGAUAUAUCUGUUCAUUUUCUUUCCUUUUUUCUGAGAUGACACAGCUAUAAGAUUUUUUUUAUCUAAUUUUUUUUUUUUUUUUGUCUUCAUGACAAUUUAUUUAGAUUUUGUCAUUCUGACUUUUUAUUUCACUUUUUUAUUGUGAGUGUCUGUACGAGUAUUGUUAGGGAGUAAUGUCAGUGUUUCCAUGGUUACUUUAAAGGAUUGUACUUGCCUGUGUAUUGCUGAUGCAGCUUUUUGUCAUUAGGAAUAUGUAUGUUAUAUGUUGGACCAGGUUAUAUAAUAGAUGACAUUUUGAGACAUUUCUCCCUAAUAGAUUGAUUGAUAUGAAUUGCAGCAUAUUUUUGAAUGUGUCAGAAAAGGCAGAAGUCACAACUGAAUUCCAAUAUGUGUUAGAAAAUAAGUACAAAGGACUUCAUAGGUCCUUGAACAUUUUUUUUCUUCAUAGAAAGUAAUAGCAGGAUUAAUUUCCUGUUUUGUUUGUGGUUUAAAUGUUGAAAAUAAAUGUAUACUUUACUUAUUAUGCAAUGAAAUGCCACCAGUCCUUCAUCUUAAUCAAAUAAUUUCUCAGAUUAUAUUAAUGAGUGUAUGAUUUAACCAUGGUGCACAGUAUACAAUGUUUUAUGAAGAGUUGAUAUAUACAAUUUAAAAGUCAAAUUAAAUUGAUGUAAAACCUAUGAAUAGAAUAUUGAACAUUUAAUUUAUUAAUUUAUUCACUCACCCAUUAUUGGUUUAUUCAAAAAAGUUUAUUUAAAAACUUAUUAUUCUUAGUUUUGGUUUUGAAAAUGUAUAUUGCUAAAAGACUAGUAAUAAACCAAAAAUUUCAUUUUUUUAAUAUUAUCUAACAUGAUAUUUAUUCCAUGAUAUAUAAGAAGUUUUUCAUGUUGUCUUUAUUGAAAAUAUAUAAAUUGUUCUCACAAUAACUGUUGAAAUAUUUAAAUGAUUUAUUAUAUUUUUCACUUUUUACAACAAAGGCAUUAAAUUCCCACCUAUACUAUACAUAUAUAUUUGUCUACAAAUCAUCUUGUUGGAAUUUAUAUAUGGAAGAUUUUUCAAUAUUAUAUUUCUUUUAUUUCUGUGAUAUUUUCUCUUGAAACUACAAAAGUAUUCAUGAAAAUUUUAAUUAUACAUUGUAUAUGCAUAUAAUUGUUUAUGAUUGAUAUGAGAAUAUUGUUAUUGAAAUAAUUUAAUAAUUGUUUUGUAUGAUGAAUUUGAAAAUUUUAUAAAUUCUUGAUACUGCUGAUUUUUGAAGAUCCCAGAUCUUCCCAAGAAGUGGGUCACAUGGAGACAUACUACUCAUUUUGAUUUAAACAUGAACUAAUUGUUUUAAAAGAAAUCAAACUGAAUGUUUAAGUUUUUAAUCAAAGUUCCAGUUUAAAAAAAACAAACUUUUUCAAUCUUUCCAUUAUUUCGUUUUAUUCAAAAGAAGUAGAAGUUUUUGAUUGUAAAAAUCUUAGAAUGAACUAGUUGUCAUUGAUUUUUUUUAUAUUAAAAAUAAAUCCACUUAAAAAUAGAAUAUCAUUAGCAUAAAGACAGCUUUGUGUAUGAAUUUUCAGUAGAUUUGGAAAGAAUGUACACAUUAAUCAAGCUAAAGAACAAAAAAAUUGAAAAAUGUUUGCACUGGAUGGUCUAGUGUAUAAAACAAAUCAACGGAUCUGUAAUACAUUUAUAUAAAAUAUAGUAUUAUAGGUAUGAAGUUAGGUGGACAUUUCUUAUUUUCAUUUUUUAGUGGAAUGUUUUUUAAGUUAUAGUUAAAUAAAAUUUAGUGUUUGAAUAUUUAAAAAUGCUUCUUUAACUGUUGUUGUUAUGUAUCUUUUAAAUUUUAAACACAUAAAUUGUUAACAUUUACAAUCUUUAACAAUUCACUUUCACUAAUGCUGUUUGUUAGAAGUUAAAUUUUAGUGCAAAAAGCUGUUUGUUAACAUGAAUAAAGCUUUAAGAAUUGC